CAAUGGAAACAAUGGGAGCAAUGGAAACAAUGGGAGCAAUGGGAACAAAGGAAACGAUGGGAACAAUGGGAGCAAUGGGAGUGAUGGGAACAAUAUGAGCAAUGGGAACAAUGGGAACAAUGGGAGCAAUGGGAACAAUGGGAGCGAUGGGAACAAUGGGAGUGAUGGGAGCAAUGGGAACAAUGGGAAUGAUGGGAGCAAUGGGAACAAUGGGAACAAUGGGAGUGAUGGGAACAAUGGGAGUGAUGGGAACAAUGGGAGUGAUGGGAACAAUGGGAACAAUGGGAACAAUGGGAACAAUCGGAACAAUAGGAACAAUGGGAGCAAUGGGAACAAUGGGAGCAAUGGGAACAAUGGAAGCAAUGGGAACAAUGGAAGCAAUGGGAAUUCUUGGCAGCCCACAUGCCCACUGCUGGAAAAAACCUGGCAGUGCAGAAGCCUGUGGACAGAGUUAAUAAUACCCACCCCAUGA